AUGACGUUCGCGUGGAAAGCCGCAGGCCUCAGCUACAACCGCUACCUCGCCGUCGCCGGCCGCGUCGUGCGCCGAAGCCUGAAGGACGACAAGAGACUCGCCGCCGAGCGCCGUGGAGACAUGGAUCUGCGAUUCGCUAAAUGGGAGAACGGCAAGCAGGGCGACGUCAAGAACCUUGCGCAGGCGAACGCUGCCCUGGCUGAGAACGCUGGGUCUUCCUCAUAA